AUGGACGGCCUGGGGGAAAUGGCCGGCCGCGCGCCGCUUGACGAAGCGGUCGAUUCGCCCGCGCCGUCUACGCAUGCCGGCCGCAGCAUGUCGCCGGCGGACUCUAUUUCACGCUGCGCCGUCGUCGGCUCCGUGCCCACUUCCCACGAGUCGCUCGCAGAGUCGGCUUCGGGCGAGGCGCACGUGCUCGUGAAGGAAGAGGCGGCGGCGGGCGCCGACGAGCUGUCGCCCGACGACGAGCUCGGCAAGCAGGACGGGCUGUCAGUGAUAGUGCAGCCUCAGGACGAGUCUCGUGACUCGGAGCUGCUCAGCCCCGGCAAGCUAUCGCCAACCUCGGCCAUCUCUGUCAGCGUCGCCAGCAUGAUCGACGCCGGCGAGUUCCGCAGCCUGCAGCCGGAACCCACCUACCAGACGCUGACGUCCGUCAACGGCCGCAUGUCACCGCCUGGGUUCAGCCCCAGCUCAUCGUACGCGACGUUGACGCCGCUGCAGCCCCUGCCUCCCAUCUCCACCAUGUCGGACAAGUUCGCGUACGGCCACGCUGGCAACGUGAGCGGCUCCUUCACCGUCAUGCAGAACAACGGACUGGGCAACAUGGGGCUGGGCAUGAGCGUGGGGUCGCCCUACAUGGGCAUGUCGCCGCCGCACCACUACUCGUCACCCGGCCACCUGGGCGGAAUGCUGCCGCAGCAGCACUCGCCGCUGUCGCCACAGAGCGGCUACAGCCAGAACGGACUGCACUCGCCACAGAAGAGCCUGUCGCCGAGCGGCUACGACUCGCCGUACGCGCAGAGACCUGCCGCCGUGGCGCCUCACAGCCCGGCGCUCAGCCCGCCGUCGGCGUCGCUGCAUUCCCCGCCGGGUGCCGGGGUCGGCGUCGUGACGGCCGCCUUCCAGCCGGCGCCGCUGGGCGCGCUCAACGGCCUGCCGCAGCUGGCGGCGGCGUCGGCGUCGCCGCACCACUCGCCGCACGUGGUGCCGUCGCCGUCGCCCCCAGGCUUCGCGCCGCCGCCGCAGCAGCAGCCGCCGCCGCCGCAGCAGCAGCAGCAGGUGGUGGUGAAGACUGUGGCCGGGUCGAGCGGCGGCCUCGCCGCCUCCGCCGAGGUGGAGGAGAUCAACACGAAGGAGCUGGCGCAGCGCAUCAGCGCCGAGCUCAAGCGCUACAGCAUCCCACAGGCCAUCUUCGCGCAGCGCGUGCUGUGCCGCUCGCAGGGCACGCUGUCCGACCUGCUGCGCAACCCCAAGCCGUGGUCCAAGCUCAAGUCGGGCCGCGAGACCUUCCGCCGCAUGUGGAAGUGGCUACAGGAGCCGGAGUUCCAGAGGAUGUCCGCUCUGAGAUUGGCAGGGCGCAAGACAAUGUGCGUGACCACGUGCUCGCCACGUGCUACGGCGUACCCCCGGCGACGCUAUUGA